GGAGAGAGAUAUAGAGGUUGUGUGUGAGAGAGAGAGACUGCUCGGCUGCUUCACUUCUCCGGAGCCUCCGCGGAGCUAACAGGCUAACUGGAAAUGUUUCCACAAACCAGCUCGCUGCGAGGCUGCUGGCUGCUCACACGCGAGCUGAUUCGGAUGUAGACGGUUAUUAGGUGUAGUAGAUUACCGGUUAUGUCGGUUCAGAUGUGUUUAGAAGCGGUGAAUGGAGGAACCGAAGCGGGGCUGGUUAAAUGAGUCCAGCUCGCUCCAUAAUAAUCACCAGCAGGGACUGCAGACUCCGUGUUAAACUGUCCAGGCAACAAGUCCGAUUCACCCUGCUGUUUUAACACGACCCUUGUGUGUGUGUGUUGGUUAUUAUGGCUGUAGGUGGGUUUAAUAGGAACUAGUGUGCCUGUGUUAAAAUGACCGAGGCGCUGGGGACUGAGAUGCGCUGAUUUAGAGUUUAUCAGGUCCGUUUGGUGGUUAGAUAAACGCCGCUAUCAGUUAAUCAAUACCCACAACCGGACGAGGAAAAGAGGUGUAUGGACAUUUACAAAUCGCCCACAUGCGUUGGAUCAGUUCCCGGACUGGUGAACGGCAUCUGAGAGCGGGGGGAGCCAGCGUGCAGCAGCCCGGGGGAAGAUGGCGGAGCCCCGCCGGAGCUGAGAGCCACUGCGGGGCUGCUGGGACUCUCACUCGGACUCCACCGGGGCAAGGAUCGGCGGACACAUGCAGGCCAAAAAACGGUACUUAAUCCUGUUCUCCGCCGGCGUGUGUGUCGUACUGCUCUUGUGCUUCGGGGGGAUACCGGUCCCGCUGUCCGGCCGGCGCGAUGAUCCCCUCCGCCUCGCCGGGCUGCAGCACCUCCACCCCGGGCUGCGCUGGAGGAGCCUGUCCGGGGACCUGCAGCCCUACAGCCCCUGGGGGAGGGAGCCCAGCCCGGACUCCAGCGAGCACUCCUCCCCCAGGCAGAAGAGGGACGCCAGCUCGGGCCUUUACACCGGCAAGCGCUGCAGGAUGGAGUCCUGCUUCGACUUCUCUCUGUGCGAGAAGACUGGAUUUAAAGUUUACGUGUACCCCCAGCAGAAAGGAGAGAAACUGUCUGAGAGUUACCAGAACAUACUGGCAUCCAUCGAGGGGUCCAGGUUCUACACGCCAGACCCGGCACGGGCAUGUCUGUUUGUCUUGAGUUUGGACACUCUGGAUCGGGACCAACUUUCACCUCAGUAUGUGCACAACUUGAAAGCAAAAAUCCAGGGCCUUCCUCUGUGGAGGGAAGGCAGAAACCACAUCAUCUUCAAUUUAUACUCGGGCACAUGGCCAGAUUACACAGAAGACCUCGGCUUCGACAUCGGUUUUGCCAUGUUGGCCAAAGCCAGCAUCAGCACAGAGAACUUCAGGCCUAACUUUGAUGUUUCUAUCCCUCUUUUUUCUAAAGACCACCGUAGGACAGGAGGGGAAAUGGGGUUUCUAAAACAUAACAUGAUCCCUCCUUACAGGAAGUACAUGCUUGUUUUUAAAGGAAAGAGGUAUCUGACUGGAAUAGGCUCAGACACUAGGAAUGCUUUAUAUCAUGUCCAUAACUCGGAGGACGUGGUCCUCCUGACCACUUGUAAGCAUGGAAAGGACUGGCAGAAGCACAAGGAUGCCCGCUGUGAUAAAGACAACGCAGAAUAUGACAAGUUCGACUACAAGGAGAUGCUGUACAACUCCACCUUCUGUCUGGUACCUCGAGGUCGACGGCUCGGCUCCUUUCGCUUCUUAGAGGCUUUGCAGGCAGCGUGUGUGCCAGUGAUGCUAAGUAAUGGCUGGGAGCUUCCCUUCUCAGAAAUCAUCAACUGGAACACGGCAGCUGUGAUUGGGGAUGAAAGGCUGCUGUUACAGAUCCCCUCGACAGUGCGCUCCAUCCACCAGGAUAAGAUUCUGUCCCUGAGACAGCAGACGCAAUUCCUGUGGGAGGCUUACUUUAAUUCUGUGGAGAAAAUAGUCCUGACCACGCUGGAGAUCAUCCAAGACCGAGUUCUGCUGCACACCUCCCGGAGUCACCUCAUGUGGAACGAUCUCCCCGGAGGUCUUUUCACCCUGCCUCAGUACUCCACCAACCUGGGAGACUUCCCCUUCUAUUACGCCAAGCUCGGAAUCAAGCCGUACCCCAAGUUUACAGCAAUCAUUCAUGUGGUCACCCCGCUGGUCUCUCAGUCCCAGCCAGUGAUGAAGCUGCUAGUGGCAGUGGCAAAAUCCCAGUACUGCGCUCAGGUGAUGGUCCUGUGGAACUGUGAGAAGCCUCUUCCUGCCAAACACCGCUGGCCCGCCACCUCCGUUCCUGUCACUGUCAUUGAAGGAGAAAACAAGGUACAAAGCCAGGUGAUCGGCAGUCGCUUCCUGCCCUACAACACCAUCCCCACUGAAGCGGUGCUCAGCCUGGAUGAGGACACUGUUCUUUCUACCACGGAGGUCGACUUUGCCUUCACGGUGUGGCAGAGUUUCCCGGACCGUAUCGUCGGCUACCCGGCCCGCAGCCACUUCUGGGACAGUAACAAGGAGCGCUGGGGUUACACGUCCAAAUGGACCAAUGACUACUCCAUGGUGCUGACUGGCGCUGCCUUCUAUCACAGAUAUUACCACUUCUUGUACAGCACCUACCUUCCAGCCAGUCUGAGGACCAUGGUUGACCAGAUGUCAAACUGCGAGGACAUUCUUAUGAAUUUCCUUGUGUCCUCAGUAUCUAAACUACCACCGAUUAAAGUCACUCAAAAGAAACAGUACAAGGAAACCAUGAUGGGACAGAGCUCCAGAGCCUCCCGCUGGGCUGAUCCAGACCACUUUGCCCAGCGUCAGACCUGCAUGAACAAGUUUGCCGACUGGUUUGGCACCAUGCCUCUGAUCCACUCUCAAAUGAGGCUGGACCCGGUGCUGUUCAAAGAUCAGGUGUCCAUACUGCGGAAGAAAUACAGAGAUAUCGAGAGGCUAUAACCCUCCUGGAACCCCUCUGCUCUGUGGAUGCUGCAGAGAAAGAGCGAGGGGGGGGGUCGGUAUGUAGAGAAGCCAGAUGAUUGCAUGAAUGGAUCACCGGAGAGACAAAUGGGAUUGGGUUUCACUGGAAGAAAUGGAGGUGAAAAAACUUGAACAAAUGUGGAGGAAAGCACAUUUGUCAGUCUUUGUUGUCCUUCCCCGCCCAUUCAUUUCUCCCCAAGCUUUCAUGUAAACUGUAGGGGUGGGGGUGGGGAUGUGGUCAAGUCAUGGAGGAAUCGCCUACCUGCUACCUACUGUACCUUCUGGGUCGGCAACCACAGCUUGCGAACCAUGUCCAACUCCAGCCUGCUGAAAGUUGCUGUCCGCUCUGCUCGGUACACUAUGCACAGGUUCCUGAAAGGUUUUGCUGACAGAAUAUUACUGAUGAUUAUGAAGAGGAUCACACUAUUUUGGAUUGUGCUGACAAAGCCUGGACCACAGGACUGGGUAGUUGUUGUUGAUUUGACAUCCACAGUGCCUCACCGUUUAUUUAAAGGCAUUGGGAUCUGGGCAUCAUGGUGCACAUUGAUCUCGCUGCUCUUUUUGUUUUUUUUUUUCUUGUUCUUCCCCUUUCAUGAAGUGAUUUUUCUAUGUAAUUAAAUGAUAAUCUGUUCAUUUCUCACAGUCAGCAACAAAGUAUAAUGAAAAUAUUUUAUUAUGCAGUCAACAAAUAUUGACGGUAUGUGCCAUUCUCAAUAAUGUUUUUCCUAUUAGAAUAAUAAUAUUCCUGAAGACUCCUUUCACUGCUCAACUGGCCACGUGUCAUUUGCAAUACAGUUGAUCUUUACAUUUCUUCUUUAGCAAGAAACCCUCGUGGCGUCUUUAUUCAUUCAUAAAGACUCUGGUCCUAAACCUUUGCAAGUCCCAACCCCUUAGAAUGAUCAGGUUGCUGAAGCCAACCUCCCCACCUUCAGUAAGAAGCUUGCAUGCACCCUUCGACACUCAUAAAUGUGCUAAAUAUUCCUCACCUCAGUGUUGAGCGUCACUAACCUGGAGGAUGAGUGCACGAGAGGAGCGAGGAAUAGUAGAGGAUUGUACACAUUGCCUUGUUUGAGGGGAGGCUGAACUUGCCAAUAAGCCAAAAUAAAUGUUUGGUGUGAAAAUGCAAACCACUGUGAAAUCCAUUGAAUGGAUCUUUGAUUUUGGCCUUUGGAGGACAAAGUAUAAAAACCCGUUUUCAUUCUGUACAGUGACAGCGGUGGCAGGUACCUGACAUCUGUGUGAGCUGCUAUCAAAGUAAACUGACUGCUGUACUUCCCAGACAUCUUAUGCUUAAUCUGUUGCUUCUGAAACACUCACAUUUUCUUUUUCCAAUUUGAUAUAUUUCUUCAACUUAAAUUCCCGUUAUUUUUAGAAUUAGUCAUUUGUUUUACGUCUCCUCACUGCGGUUACAACAAAUCCACACUCGAGAUGCGGUUUAUAGCGAUGUCAGUCUAUUGGAUCUGAGAGCAGAUCUACUUUGCUUCAUUUCUGCACGACUGCAAAGUGUCAGUGGGACAUGAAAGUGGGUUUUUAUGCUGCUGGGUUAGUGGGCCAACUGACUUCUAAUUAUUUGGUUCCAUUUACGAUACAGAUUUGUUUUUCUUUAUGUAAAAAUGUUGAAAAUGGUCAUGUUUUUUUUUUUUUUAAUAAUCUGUAAUUUCAGGUUAAUUUAUUGAACCAGUCCUCGAGUAAAGCCAGCAUCAUUUCUGCAGAAAUCUAACCUCACAACUCUUUAAAGCUCGCUUCAUUGGGUUGGACGGUUUGUUUG